UUAUUUUUUUUUUAAUUUUUUUUUUUUUAACCAUCAGAUAAUUAUAAAAGUGAACACAUGUAGAGAAGAAGCAGAUGAUUCCGAAGAGUGUUUUUGUUUUUUCGCAUUACUUUCUACUCUAACUGCCAUUGUCUUUUAACUCUAUUUUCAGCGUCAGUUUUACUCUUAAAUACCUAUCCCUAAGGAAUCAAAAUCUGUUCUCCAGCAUAAAGUGUUCGAAAAUUUGGAGCUUGUUUCAUUGAGAUAUGACUCGAAGGGUGAGGCAGAAAGUGUGCCACUCUGAGGACAAAAGUAGUAACGGAAUUAUAGGAAGUAGUUCAGAGUUGGAUUCUGGGUGCUCAAGUUCGCAAGCGAAUUUUGAGGUUGAUUGGAUAACAUUGCCUGAUGAUACAGUCAUUCAACUCUUUUCAUAUUUAAAUUAUCGAGACCGUGUAAGCUUGUCCUCAACAUGUCAAACAUUUAGGCUAUUAGGUUCGUCCCCUUGUUUAUGGCGGUCAUUAGAUCUUCGGUCCCACAAGUUUGAUAAAUCAGCUGCAGAGUGGCUUGCCUCUCGGUGCACUAAUCUUCAAAGACUUUGGUUUCGUGGGGCAGAAUCAGCUCAUGCUGUAAUUAGUCUACAAGCCAAGGGGCUUUGUGAAAUUAGUGGCGAUCUUUGUCGAGACAUCACAGAUGCUGCACUUUCGGUGAUAGCAGCUAGGCAUGAGAUGCUCGAGAGUCUUUAUCUUGGGCCGGAUGCAUGUGAGAAAAUCAGCAGUGAUGCAAUCAAAGCUAUUGCAUAUUGCUGCCCCAAGUUGAGAAGGCUUUGGCUAUCAGGAGUUCGGGAAGUAAAUGGAGAUGCCAUAAAUGCUUUGGCUAAGCAUUGUGGGCAGUUGGUACAGGUUGGAUUCAUUGAGUCAGAAGUUAUCAAUGAAGUGGCAUUGGGAAACUUAAAUUCUGUACGAUUUUUGUCAAUAGCUGGAUCAAGAAAUUUGAAAUGGAGUUCUGCUGCUCAAGUUUGGAGUAGAUUGCCAAGCUUGGUGGGGUUAGAUGUCUCAAGAACUGAUAUAAGUUUAAGUGCUGUUAUGAGAUUGUUGUCAUCUUGCCGAAACUUGAAAGUUUUGUUUGCUUUGAAUUGUCCAGUUUUUGAAGCUGAAGUUGAUAAUAACAUGAUGUAUAAUCAGAAGGGUAAAAUUAUAGUUUCCCUUUUCAGUGAAAUUUUCAAGGGAAUAGCCUCAUUAUUUGGUGACAUUACUGAAAGUGACAAGGAUGUGUUCCAUUACUGGAUGAUAUUAAAGAAAAGAGAUAGAAGUUCAUAUGAGAUUAUAAAGUGGAUUGAGUGGGUUCUUUCCCAUACACUAUUGCGUAUUGCGGAGAAAAACCCAAAGGAGUUUGAUGAUUUCUGGCUCAGACAAGGGGCAGUGUUAUUGCUCAGUUUAAUGCAAAGCUCACAAGAGGAAGUUCAGGAAAGAGCAGCCACAGCAGUUGCAACUUUUGUUGUCAUUGAUGAUGAAAAUGCCACUGUUGAUUGUCGAAGGGCUGAGGUGAUUUUGCAGCAUGGUGGGAUACAGUUGCUUUUGGACCUUGCAAAAUCUUGUCAAGAAGGACUUCAAUCUGAGGCAGCAAAAGCUAUAGCAAAUUUAUCUGUCGAUACAAAAGUUGCAAAAGCUGUUGCUGAAAGUGGGGGAAUUGACAUCCUUUCCAAUUUAGCGAGGUCAAUGAACAGAUCAGUUGCUGAAGAGGCCGCUGGAGGGCUAUGGAAUCUCUCUGUUGGAGAAGAGCAUAAGGGUGCUAUUGCAAAGGCAGGUGGUGUAAAAGCUUUAGUUGACCUAAUUUUCAAAUGGUCUGCUAGCAGUGAUGGGGUUCUUGAACGUGCUGCCGGGGCCCUAGCAAAUUUGGCUGCUGAUGAUAAAUGUUGUGUGGAGGUGGCAGAGGCAGGUGGUGUUUAUGCUUUGGUCAUGCUUGUUCGAUCCUGCAAGUUUGAAGGGGUUCAGGAGCAGGCUGCUCGUGCCUUGGCUAAUUUGGCUGCUCAGGGAGAUAACAAUAGCGAUAAUGCUGCUGUUGGGCGAGAGCCAGGUGCGCUGGAAGCAUUGGUGCAACUUACUUGUUCUCAACAUGAAGGAGUGAGGCAAGAAGCUGCUGGUGCUUUGUGGAAUUUAUCAUUUGAUGACAAAAAUCGAGAAGCAAUUGCUGAUGGUGGUGGUGUUGAGGCCUUGGUUGCUCUUGCUCAAUCAUGCUUAGUUUCCUCCCAAGGUCUUCAAGAAAGGGCUGCAGGUGCUCUCUGGGGGUUGUCAGUGUCAGAAACUAACAGCAUUGCUAUUGGACAAGAAGGCGGUGUAGCUCCUCUUAUUGCAUUAGCACGCUCAGGUGUUGAAGAUGUCCAUGAGACUGCAGCAGGAGCUCUUUGGAAUCUGGCAUUCAAUCCUGGUAAUGCUCUUCGUAUAGUGGAGGAUGGGGGUGUGCCAGCACUUGUGCAUCUCUGUUCAACAUCACAGUCAAAAAUGGCGCGUUUUAUGUCUGCAUUGGCAUUGGCGUACAUGUUUGAUGGGAGAAUGGAUGCCAUUGCAUCAGUGGGGUCUUCAUCAGAGGGCACUUCAAAGACUGUGAAUGUAGAUGCCGUUAGAAUAGUGGCCUUGAAGCAUAUUGAAGAAUUUGUGCUCUCAUUUUCUGAUCCCCAAACCUUUGCUACCGCUGUUGCAUCAUCAGCCCCAACAGCUCUAACACAAAUAACAGAAGGAGCAUGCAUAUCAGAAGCGGGGCAUUUGAGAUGCAGUGCAGCUGAGAUUGGAAGAUUUGUCACUAUGUUAAGGAAUCCAUCAUCUAUACUUAAGACCUGUGCUGCAUUUGCUCUUCUCCAGUUUACCAUGCCCGGAGGACGGCAUGCAAUACACCACACAAGCCUCUUGCAAAAUGUGGGAGCAUUAAGAGUUCUGCGUGGUGCUGCAGCAGCAUUAGCCGCUCCUAUUGAAGCCAAAAUAUUUGCUAAAAUUGUACUCCGUAACCUUGAGCACCGCCAUACGGAAGCUUCAAUUUAGACGUGAGGAUGUUUUAAAGGGAAAGUCUGAUUUGCUAUGGAGGCAAACUUGUUGAAAUUUGCUACUACCCCAUAGCAUACCAUAUUCCACCACUAGAGCAUUGCCAAACUUACAUCACUUCAUGAAAUCUGAGAGUUCUGUUGGUUCUCUGAUGCACAAUCGUGAAAUCAACAGUUUUCUGUUGCACUGAGGAAACCCGGGAGAGCAUUUUGAUAUUGACUUUUCUUCUAGUCUGGGAAACUUUAGCAGUUUGUUGGUUUGCAAAAAUUGACUGAUACUUUGCCCCAACCUCAAGCUUAAGAUCUCUCGUUUCUACAAGUUUUGUCCUAUUUUUCAAGAGUAGUUUUGUUGUUACAUAUCUAUGUUUUCUAGUUGUACAGGGUACUCUCAGCACCUACCAAACCCAUUAUCUUCUCAACUUAGCAUUCAUUCUCUAUUUCUUUCGUUAAUAAUGAUAUUUUGGACUGUAAAUUUUCGGUGUA